CCUUCACCACGCGUUAUUGGACUUUGUGUCAUUGACUUCUGGUAAUGGGAAUCUUUAAACCUACAUAACCUCUCAUCUCAUCUUAAUUCUUGGUACCUUCCUUCAAAAUCUUCAGCUUAAUUUUUGGUUCCCAAUGGCUUCCACCAGCACACACAUACACAUAGCUUCUUCCUCUCCGACCCCUACCAUUCACGAAGUAUUCUUGAGCUUUAGAGGUGAAGAUACUCGCAAGAACUUUGUAGACCAUUUGUAUCGAGCUUUUUUCCUUAAUGGAAUCUACACCUUCAAAGAUGACAAAGAACUCAAAAGUGGGGAAGAAAUUUCACCCGCACUCCUCAAAGCAAUCAAAGAAUCAAGGAUCGCUCUCAUAAUUUUCUCCAAAAACUAUGCUUCCUCCAGGUGGUGUUUGGAUGAACUGGUUAAAAUCCUUGAAUGCAAGGAGACGAUGGGGCAAACAGUCAUACCGGUCUUCUAUGAUGUGGUUCCUUCAGAAGUGCGGUACCAAAUAGGGAGCUUUGAAUCAGCCUUUAAGAUUCAUGAGAAAGGGAGGAACAAGGACAAAGUUCAGAGGUGGAAGACAGCUCUCACUCAAGCAGCAAACUUGAGCGGACAUAGCGUUCCGGACAUAGCAAGCGGGCACGAGUCAGAAUGUAUCCAAAAAAUUAUUGGAGAUAUUUUCAGUAAACUGAACCGUUCAUCUCCAAUUGUUGGCGAUGAUGAUGAUCUGAUUGGGAUAGAGUCCCAUGUGAAGGAAGUGGAAUCAUUGUUACGUAUGGAGUUGAAUGAUGUUCGCUCUGUAGGUAUAUGGGGAAUGGGGGGCAUAGGAAAGAGUACUAUUGCCAAAGCUGUAUAUGACCGGAUCUCCCAUCAGUUUCAAGGUAGUUGCUUUCUUAGAAAUGUUAGAGAAAACUCAGAAAGUAGUAAAGAUUUGGAAGCUUUACAAGAAAAGCUCCAUUCACAAAUCUUAAAUGGAAGUACUUUUGUUGGUUUAGCAGCAGAUGCGAUAAGAUACAGGCUACGAUGCAGACGGGUUCUUGUCGUUCUUGAUGAUGUGGAUCAAGUGCAACAACUAGAAGCAUUAGCUAGAAAGCAUUGGUUUGGUUCUGGAAGUAGAAUCAUCAUAACAACAAGAGAUGAACAGCUGCUAAUAAGUCACGGAGUGACUCAACUAUACGAAGCCAAGGCAUUGAAAUUUAAUGAAGCUAUCCAGCUCUUUUCUUCAAAGGCCUUUUUUCAAAGUUCUCCACAUGAAGAUUACAAGGUACUCUCAGAGGACAUAGUACACUAUACUGGUGGCCUUCCAUUAGCUCUUAGAAUUUUGGGUUCCUCUCUAUGUGGUAAAACAGUUGAGGAAUGGACGAGUGCAUUGAGUCAGCUGCAUACAAUUUCAGACGAAAAUAUUCUCAAAGUGCUUAAGAUCAGUUACGAUGGACUGACCAAAUUGGAGAAGAAAAUUUUCCUUGAUAUUGCAUGUUUCUUCAAAGGGAAACAAAAGGAUUUUGUGACAAGAAUACUCGACGGUUGCUGCGGCUUCAAACCAGAUUAUGGAAUACGUGUUCUCAUUCAAAAAUCUCUCUUAACUAUGUCAGACGAUCACUUUUCGAUGCAUGAUUUGGUACAGGAAAUGGGCUGGUAUAUUGUUCGUGAAGAAUCUCCAGAGCCUGGGGAACGUAGCAGGUUAUGGGUUCGAAAGGAAGUUUGUAAUGUAUUGGCGGAAAAUUCGGGGACUAAAAAAGUUAAAGCCAUAGUUUUGGAACUGGUCGAAGCGGAAGAUGUUGGCCUUAGUACUGAAGCCUUCACAAAGAUGACCAAUUUAAGGCUGCUCAUUUUGCAAAAUGUGUUGUUUUCUGAUGGUUCUCGUGGUAGCGCUGCACAUCUUUCAAAUCAGUUGAAGUGGCUUGAUUGGCAUGCAUACCCUUCAAACUAUUUGCCAGCAAGUUUUCGGGCAGAGAAUCUUGUUGAACUCAAAAUGUGUUACAGCCGCAUUGUACGACUUUGGAAGGAAAUAAAGCCUCUGCCCAAUCUGAAAGUCAUCAAUCUCAGUCACUCCCAUAGGCUAUCCAGUUCCCCGGACUUCACAGUUGUUCCAAAACUGGAGACACUGAUUCUUGAGGAUUGCACGAGUUUGGUGGAGGUUCACCCAUCCCUUGGGGGACUCAAAAGGCUUGUUUUCUUAAAUUUGAGAGGUUGCACAAAUCUUAAGAAAUUUCCAAGCAGUAUUCAUUUGGAAUAUCUUGAGACACUGAAUUUAUCAGGCUGCUGGAGAUUAGAAAAUUUUCCAGAAAUAUUGGGAGAUAUGGUACAUCUAUCAGAGCUGUAUUUGGAUAGGACUGCCAUAAAAGAACUGCCCUCGUCAAUUGAACGUCUCACUAGCCUUAUUUUGAUGGAUUUACGUGAAUGCAAAAACCUUUCACUUCUUCCAGAAACCAUUUGUAGGUUGAGCUGUUUGAAAAAUCUUGAACUCACCGGCUGUUCAACACUUGAGGAAUUGCCAGAAGAUAUUGGAAAUUUAAAAUGUUUAGAGGAGCUUCAUGCAGAUAAAACUGGUAUCAAGCGACUACCAUCCUCCAUUAAUCUUUUGAAAGAGCUCAAAGACUUAUCCCUUAGUGGAUGCAAGGGAACAAUGUCGACUCAGUCAUCCUCUUUGUUUUUCUUAGCACGUAAACGUGAACAUUUUCCGGGUUUGGUGCUUCCUUCUGUUGCAGGUUUAUAUUCCUUAAGAGAACUUAAUCUCAAUGAUUGCAAUCUCUCUGUGAUUCCCAGUGACAUUGGCAGUUUAUCCUCUUUGAAAGAGUUGUAUUUAAACAGAAACAAUUUUGAAAGUUUACCUUCAAGCAUCUCUCAGCUUCCCGAUCUUGAAAUGUUUGAGUUAGUAGGGUGCAAGAGGCUGAAAGCAUUGCCAGAGCUUCCAUUCAGUCGUUACUUUCAGGCAGAUGAUUGCCAAUCUUUAAUAAGCAUCGGAGAUCUGUCUAGGAUGGACAAAGUCAGUUUCACUAAUUGCACGAAGCUGUUAGAGAAUAAAGAGAGUGAAAACGAGGUUGAUAUGUUGCUGAGAAUUGUGCUUCAGAAUAUCUGUUAUUGGAAUUUUUGCCCUCGUAUGCUUUUACCGGGAAGAGAGAUUCCAGAGUGGUUCACCCAUCAGUAUGAGGCUACUAACGCAUCUGUGCAACUGCCUCCAGAUUGGUUUAACGACGAGACAUUUUUGGGAGUUGCCGUGUGUGUUGCUUUCGACUCCGCAACUGCAAUGCGUAGCAUCUCCGCCCGGGCCAUCAUGGGCCAUCAAACGACAUUCUUCCUCAUUCCCGAAGGUACAACCGUUGAUUCGGGACAUAUCUACUUUCAAUAUUAUCCAUUUUAUCGUAAUGACUAUGUACGUGAUGAGCGUCAACAUGUCAGCGAAUUUGAGGUUUGCUAUUACGAAGAGGAUACGAUGGUGAGGAAGUGGGGACUCCGUCUAAUGUACAAGGAAGAUGUAAUUAGAAGGAAGGCUAUUGAUGAUGGUGAUGGGCUGAAAUCAUUGAAUUAAAUGGAAGUGCCUCCUGCUCUCACUCUCAUGAUGAUGAAGCACGAGAAGGGAAGGAUGAUGGGUGUGGGAAUUUGGGAAUCAUUGACGGGUCAGCUGAAGAAGAAAUUAGUCUUGCUCUUAACAAAAAGCGUGAUGACUGUGACAAUGGAAGUGUCUCCUGCUCUCACUCUCAUGCUCAUGAUGAAAGCCGCUGGUGUUGUGGAUGCAUUCCAUGGUUAAUUUUCAAAAAUUCCCCUUUCCCUCACUAGAUAAAUUAAAUUCUCAAGAAUGGCAAAGUAACCUUCACCAAUAUUAAGCGUAAGCAAGGAUGCGGCCUUUGAUGCGUCUGAACGAUGUGAUAUACUUACUUUGUCAAGAGGAGGUGGUUGAUUCGAUGGCUCCAAUUGUUGAUUCAUCGAUGGCUCAAGGUGUCAGUGAGCUGGUGGAGCUAAAAGAGGUUCAUUUAAAGAAUUCUCUACAUUAUUAAUGGUCAUGUUGGUUGAAAAAAGUAUUUUAUUAUGUUCAAUAUUUUCUCAUGUUCAAUGCCUCCCUUGAAGUAUAGGCUAAUUAAAUCAUUGGAGAUCCGCCAACUUCAAAUGUUGUAGGGCUUAUGGGCCUGACGUGGUUUUUAUUGUUUAGCAAGGUUGGCCUGUAUGGCCAAUCAUUUUUGUUUUCGGGUCUUUGUUUGGUUCAGACUCUUUUCUUUCUUAUUGGCAAUUGCCAAUUGUGCAUUUCUUAAAUUUAUAAAAAUUGUUUGACUUUUCAAAAUAAAUAAAUAAAGUGCAACGACUCAAUGA